AUCCCGGCGGGCGGCUCGGUUCGGCUCGGCUCGGCUCGGCUCGGUUUGCCCCAGCGCGGCCGGCGUGGCCCCCCCUUGCCGGGCCUCCCCCGUGCCCCGCCCGCCGCUCUCGGCGCCGCCUCCAGUUUCGUUUCCCGGCUGCGGCGGCUCCGGGACGCGGAGCGGCGGGGAAUGGAGCUCCGGGGGUACCAGCGGGAGGCGGCGGCCCCGGCCCUGCGCGGCCGCAACAGCAUCGUGUGGCUGCCCACGGGCGCCGGCAAGACCCGCGUGGCCGUCCACGUCUGCCGGCGACACCUGGAGAGCCGGCGGGGCGCCAAGGUGGCCGUGCUUGUCAACAAGGUGCACCUGGUGGAUCAGCACACCGAGAAGGAGUUCCACGCGCUGCAGGACACCUUCAGGGUGACGUCCAUCAGUGGGGACACCAGCCACAAAACCUUCUUUGCCGACCUGGUGAAGAAGAGCGACGUUGUCAUCUGCACAGCGCAGAUUCUGCAGAACGCCCUGGUCAGCACGGAGGAGGACUUGCACGUGGAGCUGACAGAUUUCUCACUGCUGGUGAUAGACGAGUGCCACCACACGCACAAGGACGCCGUCUACAACAAGAUCAUGCUGAGAUACCUCCAGCGCAAGCUCAGUGGGGAGCAGGACCUGCCACAGGUCCUGGGGCUGACGGCAUCCCCUGGCACUGGAGGGGCAACAUCCUUUGAGGGAGCUGUGGAACACAUCCUGCAGAUCUGUGCCAGCCUGGACACUGAGAAGAUCACAUCAGUGCAGGAUGAGUUGCAGCACCUGCAGAGCCACGUCCCCCAACCCAAGAAGCAGUAUGACCUGUGCCAGGAGAGAGUGCAGGACCCCUUUGGUGAGCAGCUGAAGAAGGUGAUGGUGCAGAUCCAGCAGUUCAUGGAGAAGGCGGAUUUCCCGCAGGACUUCGGCACGCAGAUUUACGAGCAGCGCAUUGUGGAGCUGGAGAAGACAGCUACAGAGAUGUUUUGUCGCAAGACGCGGGUGUGCGCCCUGCACCUGCGCAAGUACAACGACGCCUUGCUGAUCAACGACACCGUGAGGAUGGUCGACGCCUUCCAGUGCCUCGAGCAGUUCUACAGCACCGAGAGGGAUAUGAAGGACCCCACUGAACAGUUCCUCACUGCCACGUUUGAGGAGAACAGGGCGAGCCUGCAGGCACUUGCUGGGGAUCACCGCUAUGAGAACCCCAGGCUGGCCAAGCUGGAGGGGAUCCUGCGUGAGCACUUUCAGCCCCUGGGCACUUCUCGUGGCAUCGUCUUCACCAAGACAAGGCAGAGUGCCCACAGCCUGCUCAGCUGGCUGCAGACCACGGCCACGCUCCGUGGGCAGCACAUCAGGGCUGCCGUCCUCACCGGCACCGGCUACAGCAACCAGACCAGGCACAUGACACAGAAUGAGCAGCAGGAUGUGAUCAAGCAGUUCCGCCAGGGAUCCCUCAACCUGCUCUUCUCCACCAGUGUGGCCGAGGAGGGCCUGGACAUCCCCGAGUGCAACAUCGUGGUCCGCUAUGGGCUGAUGACCAACGAGAUUGCCAUGAUGCAGGCCCGGGGCCGUGCCCGUGCUGAGAACAGUGUCUACUCUGUCCUUGCCAAAGCCAACACCAGGGAGGUGACCCGAGAGCUGCUCAAUGAGGACCUGGUGGAGCUCAUGAAGAGCGCAAUUCAGGCCGUGCAAGCCAUGCCUGAGCAGGAGUACUUCCAAAAGAUCCAGGAGCUGCAGCGGGUGGCCGUGGCCAGCUGGCUGAUGAAGGAGGCCAGGAUCAGCGAGCGGCGGCAGCUGCACGACCCGGCCGCCGUUCGCCUGUACUGCAUCAACUGCAACAGGGCCGUGUGCCAGGGCAGCGACAUCCGCACGGUGGAGGGCAUGCACCACGUCAACAUCAACCCCAAAUUCGGGUCAUAUUACAGAGUUUCCUCUGGGAAAAUACAGUUCCCGAGGACUUUCAAGGACUGGGAGCCCGGCUGCCGCAUUUCCUGCAAAGACUGCAGCCAGGACUGGGGGAUGGAGAUGCUGUACCGGCAGGUGAAGCUGCCUAUCCUCUGCAUCAAAAACUUUGUGGUGGAGACACCAGCAGAGAAGAGGAGGUACAAGAAGUGGGGUGCUGUGACAUUCCCCAUCAAGGCGUUUGACUACCUGGAGUACUGCUCUGCCACCUACAGCCUGUCCUUCUAGCACAGGCUGUGUUCAGCAGAGUAUUCACAGGGUAUUUUCAGGGUGCUGCAUGAAAAGGGGAGGCUUCCUCGACCCUUGGACAGAAAGCCAUGGCUCACUCCUCUCUUCCUCACUGGUCUGAGCCCCAGCAGCCCAUCCCAAGCUGGAGCCCAUGGCUGCUGAAGGAGCUUUGCUGCACCCAUGUAGGAAGGAUGAGAUGCUGGGAUUGAAAACCACCCAAACCCUUCCUUGCUCCCCAUGCUGCUGCCUUCUCCCCCACAACCCUGCAAGGAGAACCAUCCCUUUCUGUGGGUCCAGGACACAGCCCAGUGCUUCUCCACUCUGAUUUAUGAACUUGAAGUGUCUCCAUUAAAACACACACGCUAGACUGAACGGGCAGGGUGGCUGCAUCACUCGUGGCAAGAGCUGGUUGGGUACAGGAGGCUUCGAGGGGGGACAGUGCCCCAGAGCCAGAACCCACUGUGCCCUGUGCCAGCAGAACAGGGGUCCCCAGGGGACAGUGAAGCCUGUGAGGCUGUCCCGGCCCUACCCCAGCCACAGACAGUGCCUGAGCGACCCGUCUCACCCACGCACCCAAGACCGAACCUUCCCGAGGCGCAGGACGAGCCGAAACCCCUCUGGGGCAGCCCAGGGGUCCCUGGGGGGCUCCGGGCGUCCCCUCCGUCUCACCUGGGAGCUCCCUAGGAAGUUUUGCAUCCGAGCUGCGGAGGAGCCGCGGGGCUUGCGGCAGGAGCCGGGACCGGGCUCGGGCACAGGACCGGGCCGGUUGUGGGACGGGGGAUUCGGUCCCGGGGAUGCUGCAGAAGGACAAGGACAUGUGCAGGGGACCAGAGGCUCCCACAGUGUCAGGCACACAGAGCCCGCUCUCAGGUGGACAUGGCCCCGGGGAAACCAAACUCCUGUGCAUCAGAAACUGGGGGCUCGGUCACCUUGGGCCUGGCAGCAGGGAGCAGCCAAGCUGCAGCGAUGGGAGCUGUGACCUUGCUCGGUGUCCUUCAGGGCUGGCAUCCUCCUGAGCCAGCAUCCUUCAGGACUGGCAUCCUUCAGAGCCCGUGGCCAAAUCCCCAGGCUGGAAAAAAAGUCUGUGCCUGGAAGCACCUUUGCUUAUCUCAGCUCCACUUAUGUUGCAGCCAUCACGACUCGCUGCCUCUCAUUUCAUUUGUCAUCAGUGCGUCAGAAAGCUCUGAUUCCCCUCUCAAGGCACCAGCUGGAAAACCUCUGGCUCCUCCACCUGGCAGCGCCUCAGAGCCUGGGAGCACAUCAGACCCGGAGAUGGCUUUGCUGGGACAGCUGGAGUUCCCCUCUCUGUACUAGAGGAAAUUCCUGCAGAAAAGUCCUUGUGGUGGAGGAAUUCGAUCCCAAAAAGCAGAAGCCCUCUCCCCGUGUUGUUUCUGCAUGGGAGCCUGCGAAGCGUGCGGGGGCGUCCCCGUCCCCUGCAGCCCCGCGCGUCCCCCGAGUCCCGGCGGAGUUAAUCCUGCCUGUUCGCAUGUCAGGAUGCUGCUGGAUUAAACAAGGGGAUUAGCAUCAAACAAUUUCCCUCGCGCCCCGACCGGGAGGCAGGAAACAUAAUCAGUGUAGGUUUAUUCUGCUUAGGUUCAAACAACUCCCUGGCGUGUGCUGUGCGAUGCCAGCCGAGGCAGUGGCACAGCGGGGCACGUCCCCAGGGCACCGGGCUGGGGGUGGCAAAACCAGGGGUUGCCCAUCCCAGGGGAAUCAGGGAGGUGCCCCUGCUGCUUGGCACUCAGGUACCCACUGUGCCUGGUGUGGAUCCCACCAGCCCAGCCAGGAGGUUCCAGUGCAAAGGAGCCAUCCCUGCUUGGGAAAGGUUGCAGCCCUUCACUGGGUGUCCCCAGGAGGGUACAAAAGCCAGGACUGGGGAGACUCCAGCCCCCCACAGUCACCGAGCCCCCUGGCACUGUCCUUGUGGCUGCUCCUGCCAGCUGGGCUCAGCUGUGGAUGGCAGAGGAUGGAGCAGCCUCGCAGAUGUAAAGGCAAAUCUGUUUCCCAACAGCUCCUGGGUUCCCGAGCCAGGGAAUGGUGAUGCUGCUCUGAUCUGAUGGCAGCAGUGCUGCAGGCUGCCAGCUUUCACCCCAAGCUUCGUGCCCUCCUGUGAUCCCAGGGCUCCCUGUUAGCACUGGGGCACAACCCUGUGCUUCAGCCACUUAGAAAAAGUAAACAAACCCCCUGAUCCCAGGGUUUUGAUGGAACAAGCUCGUGCAGCGCUGGCUGGAGCACAACAGCCCCAUGCCUGGCAAAGAGACUUGACUUCUCUUCGGACCAAAGCGCUGUGGGAGCAGCUGGACUCACAUCCCUGUGUCCUCACUGGCCCAGAUCUUUUGGUCCCUGGAGGUUUCUUGGCUGCUUUCCUCUGAGGAACAUUCCCAGGGCAGCCAAGUCCCUGGUCAGCUGAGAACAAGACCAUCACACAUGCCCACCUUGUUUUUCUAGGAAAGGGCUAAAAAUACCAUGCUAGGGCUGUGUGGAAAGGCCUGGGCAGAUCCUCAGCUCCUGGAGUCAAGUGAUUUACAGCCCAUAGCCCGUGUGUGAGCCCUGCAGGGGCAGGGACAGUCCCUGGGCCAGGGCACGUCCCUGUGGGGCAGAAAAGCAGGGGGGCUGCACUCCCCCCUUCCUCAGCGCUGCUUGGGGUGGCCACUCUCCUUCUUGCCAUUUUUAGGUGACUAUUUGGGCUGGGAAUUGGCAGGAUGUGGCAGGGAGGGGACGCAGCACAGUGGGGUAAAACCCAGGCACAGCUGGCAGGUGCUGGCACAGUCUGGGGCCUGCAGGGACCCCCUGGCACAAGCUGCAAUAUCUGAAAACUCCCAAACAGAAUUUCAUGCACUAAAUCUUAGGGCUGCAAUUCUGCUGAGGCUUGGCUUUAUAAUUGGAUCUGUCAGAAACCCGUCACACUUAAUGUGCAGCUGCCAGCGUGCGUGCAGCUCCUCAGCGACCGCGCCGGCUCUGCUGGGCAGCGGGAAAUCUGCUCCUGGGAUUUUCCAGCUUGAGGAAAGCUCUAGUUUGUACCUAAACCUCUAACCCUGGCAGGAGGGCAGCCCUAGUUUGAACUCGAGGUGCCCCAAUUUCCCUCUGUGCCAGGGAAGGCAGUGGGAUGGGGACGAUGCUGGCGAGGCCCAGCGUGGUUGUGUGUUCUUCACCUGAGUAAUCAAACCCGUUGUGCAGCAUUUG